GCCUCCCGACGUGGGAGAGAGUUAAGGGUUUUCUGCAGCAGGGGUGUAUUUGCAGGUCACGCUGGGAACUAAAGGGUAAUGGCUGCCUUCAGCUGCUCAAAGACAUAAUUGCCCAGUGAUUGGGGUAUUGUGAGGACAGCUGAGGACCCUGGACCAAAGAGGAUUCGGAGCACCGCUCUCCACUGAUCUGCAAAUUGAGCUGUUCUCCUGCUGGAUGCUGCCUGUCUCCAGAAGCCUCUCACCAUGAUCGAUAGCUCCAAGAAGCAGCAACAGGGCUUCCCAGAGAUUUUAACUGCUGGGGAUUUCGAACCGUUAAAAGAAAAGGAAUGCCUUGAAGGGAGCAACCAGAAAAGUCUCAAGGAAGUGCUCCAGCUGAGGCUGCAGCAGCGCAGGACGAGAGAACAGCUAGUGGACCAGGGCAUCAUGCCACCUUUGAAGAGCCCAGCGGCAUUCCAUGAGCAGAUAAAGAGCUUGGAACGAGCCAGGACUGAAAACUUUUUGAAACACAAGAUUCGGAGUCGACCGGAUCGUUCUGAACUUGUCAGGAUGCACAUUUUAGAAGAAACAUUUGCAGAGCCAUCCCUGCAGGCUACUCAGAUGAAGCUGAAAAGAGCUCGACUAGCUGAUGAUCUGAAUGAAAAGAUUGCUCAGAGACCUGGUCCUAUGGAGCUGGUAGAGAAAAACAUCCUUCCUGUAGACUCCAGUGUUAAGGAAGCAAUUAUAGGCGUUGGGAAGGAAGACUAUCCCCACACUCAGGGCGAUUUCUCAUUUGACGAAGACAGCAGUGACGCUUUGUCGCCAGACCAGCCCGCGAGCCAGGAGUCACAGGGGUCAGCUGCGUCCCCAGUUGAGCCAAAAGUUAGUGAAUCGCCAUCUCCUGUGACUGCAAACACUCCAGCCCAGUUUACUUCAGUGUCCCCAGCAAUUCCUGAAUUCUUGAAAACUCCUCCGACUCCAGAUCAGCCUCCCACGAGGUCCACAGCUCCCGUCCUCUCCACAAACACUGUGUCCUCAGCGAAGCCUGGCCCAGCACUGGUGAAGCAAAGCCAUCCCAAGAAUCCAAACGACAAACACCGUAGCAAAAAGUGCAAAGAUCCCAAGCCGCGGGUGAAGAAGUUGAAAUACCACCAGUACAUUCCGCCAGACCAGAAGGGGGAGAAGAACGAGCCACAGAUGGACUCCAACUACGCCCGCCUGCUCCAGCAGCAGCAGCUGUUCCUGCAGCUGCAGAUCCUGAGCCAGCAGAAGCAGCACUACAACUACCAGACCAUCCUGCCUGCUCCGUUCAAGUCACUAAAUGACAAGAACAGUGGGAAUUCCGUUUUGAACAAUACCACGCCUAAUGCAACACGACAGCCCACUUCUGCUCCUGUGAGGAAGCCAGGACCUCUGCCUUCUAGCCUGGAUGACUUAAAGGUGUCGGAGCUGAAGACAGAAUUGAAGUUAAGGGGUCUGCCAGUCUCGGGCACCAAACCAGACCUCAUCGAACGCCUGAAACCCUACCAGGAAGUGAGCAGCAGCGGCCUUGCUGCUGGUGGCAUCGUGGCAGUGUCGUCGGCAGCCAUCGUCACCAGUAACCCGGAAGUCACCGUGGCACUGCCGGUCACUACCCUGCAUAACGCCGUGAGCAGCUCAGCCUCCACUUUCAAGGCAGACUUGCCGCCUGCCGGCUCCAGCAAUGCAGCCCACGUGGAACAUGGUCCGUCGCCACUACCCAUCUCACCCGCGCCCUCAGAACAGUCCAGCCUCAGUGCUGACGACGCCAGCAUGGCAGACACGUUCACCGAGAUUAUGACCAUGAUGUCUCCCUCACAGUUCCUCUGCUCUUCUCCUCUGAGGAUGGCAGCUAACGAAGACAGCCUGAGUCCCACCAGCAGCACUCUGUCCAACCCGGAACUGGAUGCGGCCGAGAAGGAUCGCAAGCUUCAAGAAAAGGAGAAGCAGAUCGAGGAGCUCAAGAGGAAGCUGGAACAAGAGCAGAAGCUCGUGGAAGUCCUGAAAAUGCAGCUCGAGGUUGAAAAACGAGGGCAGCAGCAGCAGCAGCAGCAGCGGCCCCUGGAGCCCACACCCAGCAGCCCAGCCCAUCCAGUAGGCAUGUCAGGUCAGAAACCUGGCGGUCCCAGCUCCUCUGUCAAAGACGAGGCCUCGCUCCCUGACUGCUCCAGCUCCAGGCAGCCCCUCCCGAUGGCCAGCCAUCCCGGAGGCCAGCCCGUCUCUACAGGCGGCCAGACUCUUGUUGCCAAGCAGGCGGUGGUCAUCAAGCAGGAGGUCUCCGUGGCCCCAACAGAGCCGCCAGGCGCCGUCCCGCAGUUCUACGUGAGCUCCCCGGGCCAGCCGCCACCCGCCUUGCUGCCCACGCAGACUGCCCAGCUGCUGCUCCCAGUGUCCAUCCAGGGCUCGAACAUCGCCUCGGUGCAGCUCCCAGUGGGCAGCCUCAAACUGCAGACACCACCGCAAGCGGGAAUGCAAACUCAGCCUCAGAUAGCAACUGCUGCCCUGCCCUCAGGUGUGGCCCCGACAGUGCCUCAGAAACAAGACACCUUCACGCAGCACGUGCUCGGCCAGCCUCAGCAAGCCAGAAAGGUUUUCACAAACUCGGCAUCGAACCCAGUUCUUCCGUAUCCGAGACCGCCUGCUCCAGCAGCCCCACAGCCCUUUAUUAAUAAGACCUGCAACAGCGUCCUUCAGUCUAGAACUGCUCCACUUCCAUCCCUGCAGAACGGACCGAGCACUCCCAGCAAGCCUAGUUCACCCCCACCACCACAGCAGUUCGUCGUCCAGCACCCCCUGUUUGGAAGCCCAGUCACUAAGACAAAAGACCCUCCACGCUAUGAGGAGGCCAUCAAGCAGACACGCAGCGUGCAGUCUUCCCUUCCAGAGAUUUCCAACGCACAUAGUCAGCAGAUGGACGACCUCUUCGAUAUCCUCAUCAAGAGUGGAGAGAUCCCCCUCCCUAUAAAAGAAGAGCCUUCUCCUAUUUCCAAAAUGAGACCAGUGACAGCCAGCAUCACCACAAUGCCAGUCAACACAGUGGUGUCUCGGCCUCCACCCCAAGUCCAAAUGGCACCGCCAGUGUCCUUAGAGCCAAUGAGCAGUUUGUCGGCCAGCCUGGAGAACCAGCUGGAAGCUUUCUUGGAUGGAACUUUACCUUCAGCCAAUGAAAUUGCUCCACUCCAAAGCAGCAGUGAAGACAGAGAGCCCUUCUCUCUGAUUGAGGAUCUCCAAAAUGAUCUGCUGAGUCACGCGAGCGUGCUGGACCAUUCCCACUCACCCAUGGAGACUUCAGAGACCCAGUUUGCUGCAGGCACCCCCUGCCUGUCUCUUGACCUUUCCGACUCCAACUUGGACAACAUGGAGUGGUUAGACAUUACCAUGCCCAGCACAGCUUCGGGGCUCACACCUCUCAGCGCUACCGCACCAAGUAUGUUCUCUGCUGACUUCCUGGACCCACAAGACCUGCCAUUGCCGUGGGACUAAUGUCACAGGUUUCUUGUCUCAGAGUUUGUAAGGUCUAAGAACAUGAAGAGUCUAAAAGGUCAGUUUUUAGAGGUAGGUCCAUAGUUGCAUCAUUGCAAUUAAAAUACGUUGUCACAGGAAGAAUCGGAUAGAAGGCCAUAGCCUGGCAACCGAGCUUGGAAACUUUUCAUUGUGUUUGACAGUGAAUUUCUACAAUUCAGUAGAGCACGGGCCUUCUGAAAAAAUACACUAGUCAAAGAAGGCCUGCCUGUUUCUCUAGACCAUAGUAAAGAAUGAAAAGUACCUUUAGCUACAAAUACAAAGGUAAUAUAUGCAGGAAGAUGACAUUAGGAUUCUCUGGUAAUCACUUAACUACAUUUAAACCUCUACGUAAAAGGCAGACAGCUCCACUCAAAAAAUAAGCCAACGUGAGGGAGGUGAGAGGUCACUGCACUUAGUACUUCUUAGCGAUGGCCUGAGCCAGGCCCAAGGCACGCAGGGCUCAAAGGCAGUGGACAGCCCUGGCCAGUUUGGUGACAGCUUCCAGCUGAAGACUUUGUUAACAGUCAGAAACCUAUGUGAUUUUGUGUGUGUAUUGUACUUUAUUUUGUGGUUUUUGGAAUCUUCAGAUUUCCAAAUUUAAAUCUAAAUGGAAGAUCUUUAACCAUAACCAGAAGAUGUCUACAAGAUACUGUCAUAAACAAUCCACUGUAAAAAGUCCAGGUAUAUUGGUAACACUGAAAAUCCUAUUAGCAACCUUCUGGAUUGAGUAGGUUGAUUUUAUUUUGUAUAUUAGAUAUUCGUGUGUACACGCUCGACAUUGUGAUUUGUACAGCCUGCAUUGGGGCGAGGAAGUAGUUAGCCAGUGGACUUACUUUUUUCUAGAACUCAAAUCUUUCUAGACUACUUGAGCCACAUGUGUUCUGUAUUUAAAGAAUUGCUGACUAACUUUCAGGAAAUCAGACCCAUCUCAAAGAACCAAGUAAAGGCGUUAGCAUAAAAUAUCUUUCUGAGCUGGUAAGUUAGAAGAAUGGAAGGGAAAGGGAAAGUUCAUGACCAGCCCCAGACGUUCCCAUGGUGAAGCACAGGUUAGCCGCCCACUGGCCAUCAGGGCCCAGCCUAGCUUUCUUCUCUGUCACUAACCCCUAGUUAUUUUACAGGCUUGUAACUGGAUGUCCUACCCAAGCUCUCACUAUCUUGUCAAGCCUAAGACUGAAAAACUGGAGGUUUUGUUUUGUUUGUUUUAAUAUAUAUAGAGAAAAAUAUAUUACAUAUCUGUGGUUAUAGUUUCUUAAGAAUUUUCCAAAUUGCCAACUAUGACAGGAUUUCCAAAAUUAUUUCAAGGCUAGUCAUUUAAGUAUAUGAUGAAAUGUAAAUAACUGAAAAAAAAAAAAAGGAAAAAAAAAACACUAAAAUCUACCAAAGAGUGUGGAGGAUUUAGUUAAAUAAGAAUAUGCACCCUCCACCUCACCCUCGUGUAAACCCUAAGGUCGAGCUGGUUUCCUCAGGUCACUAAGUGAAGAGUAUUUCCUAGUGACACACAGGAGGCGACCUGAUCUGU